AUGUUGUCUCAAGAUUUCGAACUAAUGAAACCAUGGUGUGCUCUUCAACCUUAUCAAGAUAUGACUAGACCAUUAACCAACUACUUCAUCAGUACUUCACAUAAUACGUAUUUAUUUAAUUCUCAAGUAAUGGGUGAUAGUAAUCGGGAAGCUUACAAUCGAGUAUUACGUGCUGGUUGUCGUGCUGUCGAACUUGAUUGUUAUGAUGGUGAAAAUGGACAACCUAUAGUGAAACAUGCUUAUACACUGAUAGUUCAAAAGCGUCUAGGCGAUCUCUUCGUCUACCUUCAAAAUGUUCCCUUUCGUGAAUAUGAAUAUGCCAAAGCCAAUUACGUCUGUUAUCACUCGCCAAAUGUCGCCGAAAACCAUUUUGGACGAGCAGUACGAGAUGAACCUGCUUGUGUAGUACAACAAACAGCUAAGACAUUAUGUCGAUUGUAUCCUAGUGGAAUUCGACAGGAUUCAAGCAAUCCUGAUCCUAUACUUCCGUGGAACUUUGGUGUACAAAUGGUUGCAUUAAAUUUUCAAAAAUAUGAUAAAAUAAUGGCACUCUGCCACGGGAAAUUUUCCGACAAUGGUGGUUGUGGUUAUGUACUCAAACCGAAUUAUUUGAUUGAUGCAAGUCGAGCUAAAUUCAAUCCAUUUGACCAUCAAACAAAGCCAUCAGAUUUUUCAGAAAAUGUUUUUGAACAACCACAAACAUUAAUUAUUACUAUUAUGAGUGCUCAGUUUUUGCCACGAUCGAGUUCAAAAGCUAAUGAUGUACCCGAUCCAUAUGUUGAAGUAUCAACACAUGGGAUCCCAUGUGAUCAACAAGCUCAACGAACAUGUGUUGUGCAUAAUAAUGGACUCAAUCCGAUUUGGAAAGAAACAUUUCGAUUUCACAUAGAUUUUCCACAAAUCUGUCUUGUUUUAUUUACUGUUUAUGAUCAUGAUGUUCUGAGUAAAAAUGAUCGAUUAGCAUAUUUUUGUUUGCCAAUGAAAACGAUGCAGACAGGUUUUCGUCAUAUGCGAUUGCGAUCGAAGGACAAUGGUCUAACUGAUUCAACUCUGUUCGUACAUGUUGAAAUUGAAGGCUAUGAAGAGGAGGAUGAUUGUGUAACGCGUCUAUAG